UGGGAUUGGAGGCGUGUGCUUGCUUAGGCAUUGUGCAACGGCACUUUUGCAAGGGCGACCACACAGGUGGAACAGGUCGGACAACGUGAGCACACCCAGCUUAUAAGAGAGAGAGGGGGGGGUGGAGCGCUUGGCUCAUCAUUCGUAGAGGGCUUGGCUCAGGAUUCGGAGAGGGCUCUCUUCCUUGCAAGUCACACGGUAAAGUCGGCGGUCCUCUCCACCCGCUUCCGAGCGGCUUCUUGGAUCGGCAAAGUGCCCUACCGCACACGGAGGCCCUCUCGCUCCUCUCGCUCGCUCGCAGCUCAAUAAUCACCUGAAGCAGUUGCGAUUCGCAGGGCUCGUGAAGAGGAAGAAGAAUAAGUCGGCCAUGGAUGCACCUCCACCUGUCACCACCACUGGCCCCUCAGCUGGGGAUAUCUAUGGCCAGGCCUCCAUCUCGCCCAACUUACCGCUCGGUGGGGAUCUCUGUCGGAGGCUGUCGGGGAUUCUCAUCAUGCCAGAGCUGAUAUUCGGAGCUCUGGUGUGGAUCAUGAUUGCGGCCACCAACAUGGUGUAUCUCACGCAGCUGGCCCACGGAUGGAUCUUGUUCGUGUCGGUGACCCUGUGUUUUAUUUCACUCGCUCAGUUCAUCAUCUACCUUCUGUCCAUCCCCCAGCAGACCUAUGCCUGGGUGGCACUGGAUGCUGCCUACAAUUGCAUGGCAUUUCUGCUGUACUUCAGCGCAGCUGUGCUUCAAGUUUAUUUAACGGCAAGCAUGGGUCAAACCCCGAUAUCUUUAUCGCCGAUUUUCAAUGUGUAUCAGCUAAACAUCGCCGCAACAGUGUUCAUCUUCAUCGUGACCUCCCUUUAUGGAGCCAGUUCCUUCAUCAGCCUCAAACGGUGGAAGAAUCGUCAGCCAUAAACGGGACAACGUGUGCUCGAGAAGGAUUUGUGGGCCAUCGUCUGCUUCAAAACUGGAUGUGCUUUUGUCUUUUUUUAAAUACAUUUUUUUAAUUGUAUACAUAACUACAGUUUAAAAUUGUUCAAAAAAUUUUUACUGAUAAAACAUGUGUAACUUUUUUUUUCCUCCAUUGCCUGUCAAUUUGUGCCUUUCUAUCACGUUUUAUGAUUAAAAUUUUAAGGGGUUUUUAUUUCAUCCAAAUUUUCCGCUGUCUUUUGCCACAAUAGUAAGCUGGCUUGAAUCUGUAAUGCACAGAGGCUUGCUGAAAUCGGUGGUAUAUUUCAUAUCUACACGUUUAUAUAAGGAGAAGUAAAUGGCAUGCUGUGUAAUUGUGGCAUUUUUGGUUGUUCAGCAACAGAUAGAGGUUGUCAAGCCAGCAUAAAUAACUUGUGUCCUAGGUGCCCUUGAUGAUCAGUGGGUUUAAUAACGCACAUUUUUUGACACCGGUAACUCUUCGGAGAGACCUACCUUCCUGUGUAAUGGACUUUACUCUCCUUGCCAUCUCCAAUGCACUGCAUACUCAAGUCCUUCCCGAAAUCUUUAUUGAGUGGGAUAUUUUACCCAAAGUAAUCUGGUAAAGUUUUUACAGGGUAGACGGCCCCAAUUUUGAAGUAACGUGUGAUUGAUGAAAUAUAUAUAUAUUUUUUACGAUGGUCAUGUCCGUUAAUAAACCUAGUGGAUUAAUUUCA